AUGAAUUUUAUUCUUGACUUUUUAUGGAACGUGUUACUAAAGAUGCUGCAAACAGUUUGGUUCGGUAAACGGAAAAUAACAAAUUCAUUGAGUAUAUUUGUUAAAACGAAUACGGGAAAUACACUUGCCGUUGAUUUAGAUCCGAAAUGGGAUAUAAAAAACGUAAAAGAGAUAAUAGCAUUUCAAAUGGGAGUAUCACCUGAAGAUAUAAAAAUAAUAUUUGCUGGCAAAGAAUUACACAAUUCAACGAUACUAGAAGAAUGUGACUUGGGUCAGCAAAGUAUCUUACAUGCAAUUCGUACUCCACACCAAAAACUUAAUAAAAGUAAAGAUACAAGUACAAUUGAUGAGUCUUCAGAACUAUCUGAAUUAAAUGAUAGUGGUGGAAAGCCAAUGAAUGAAACUCUUACUGAUUUACCUUUAGAUGAUUCAGAUCCAGAAAAAAACUCAUCCAUGGAAGAGAAACAAGAUAACCGAGCACAUUUCUUUGUAUACUGUUCAGCACCUUGUAAAGCUGUAACAGUAGGAAAAUUAAGAGUAAAGUGUGCAACUUGUAAUAGUGGAGCAGUUACAGUAGAUAGAGAUCCUCAAUGUUGGCCAGAUGUAUUACUACCACGAAGAAUAACAGUUCAUUGUGAAAACAAUUUUUGUCCAGUACCUAUAGACAUUUCUAAUGAUGAUACAGAAUCUCAAGUUUUAUAUGCACGUUUCUAUUUUAAAUGCGGAAAUCAUGUUAGUUUGGGAGAAGAGGAUGAAGCAGUUCCUCUUUACCUUGUAAAACCAAAUUUAAGAAAAAUACCUUGCCUUGCUUGCACAGAUGUUAGAGACAUGGUUUUUGUUUUUCCAUGUGAAGCUGGUCAUGUAACUUGCCUUGAUUGUUUUAAAAAUUACUGUUCCGUUCGUUUAAGAGAACGUCAGUUUCAAUUUGAUGAGAAUCAAGGAUAUUAUACACUUCCAUGUCCAGCUGGAUGUUCAAAUUCUUUUAUUCCAGAAGUUCAUCAUUUUCAUCUUCUUACUCCAGAGCAGUAUGAACAAUAUCAAAGAUUUAGUACAGAAGAAUAUGUUUUACGAGCUGGUGGACUUUUAUGUCCAAGACCAGAUUGUGGUAUGGGUAUUAUACCAGGAUCUCCAGACAAUGGUACUGAUGAAUGUAGAAGAAUUCAGUGUAUUGGUGGUUGUGGGUAUGUAUUUUGCAGAAGAUGUUUACAAGGUUUUCACUUAGGAGAAUGUGAAUUACAGCCAUCUGAGUCUUCUAAUACAAUAAAUCAAUCCGGAUAUUCAGUGGAUCCACAGAGAUUGAAAGAUGCAAAAUGGGAUGAAGCCAGUAAGAAAACUAUAAAAAUCUCAACGAAGCCAUGUCCAAAAUGUAGAACUCCAACUGAAAGAGAUGGGGGAUGCAUGCACAUGGUUUGCACUAGAGCAGGCUGUGAGUAUCAUUGGUGUUGGAUAUGUCAAACACAAUGGACAAGAGACUGUAUGGGUAAUCAUUGGUUUGGCUAA